AUGAUGAUAGGUGUGGGUUGGUGUGUGCGUGCUUUCAGAAUUAAAGAUUCAACACUUUUUAAGAUAGUAAAGAUUGAGAAAAAGCAUGACUACUCUGUUGACACUAUGAAAGCUGAUCAAAGGCAUGCAACUUCAAAGUUGAUUAGCGGUUACAUUAUCGACAAUCUUCGAGACCCAAGAUUUGAAGUUACACAAGCUUUUGUCAUGGCAGAGAUGCAAAAACUGCAUGGAUUAGAUAUUGGGUUUCUUUAUAUGUUUUAUGCAUAUGGAUCAUCAAUAUCUAGUUGGAAUCAUUGUAGACCAGUGAUUGUUGUUGAUGCAACUUUUUUGAAGUCAAAAUUUCGUGGUGUUUUAAUAAUUUUAGUUUCAGAGGAUGCAAAUAACCAAAUUUUCCCACUAGCCUUUGGAAGAGUAGAAUCUGAAAAUAACAGUUCCUAUGAGUGGUACUUUAGUAAGCUUCGCAAUGCAAUUGGGAGCCGUGAGAAUUUAAUAUUUUUAUCAGACAAGCAUCAAGCUAUUGCAUAUGGCAUUGCAAAGGUAUAUCCUGAAAGCCAUCAUGGGAUUUGUAUCUAUCAUUUGGAGCAGAACCUAAAGCGAAGGAAGGUGAAAAGUGAGGUCAUAAAACUUUUUCAAAGUGCUGCAAGAGUAUACAGGCGCAAAGAAUUUGAUCUAUACAUGUUAGAUAUAGCAAAAGUAGAUAAGAAGACUUAUGAAUACUUGAUGGAAGAACCACCGGAAAGAAAUGAAGCAGAAGGAACUUUUUAUGAUGUUUCUUGUUGGGUAGAGGAGGAAUUGAAGAAAAAAAUAGAUUUAGCAUUUACUUUGAAUGUCUUCCCUGUUGGUUCAUGGCGUUCUAGAGUUGAAGAAGAAGGAAUAACUUUCUUGGUGGACUUAAACAAAAGAACAUGUGAUUGUUUUCAGUUUCAAUCUGAUGAAUUACCAUGCAUACAUGCAAUUGCAGCUAUCGAGAAGAGAAACAUCAAGAAGUCCAACUUUUGUUCGCACUGGUACUUAAAGGAAUCUUUGCUGAAAACAUAUGAAAGACAAAUACAUCCUGUAGGACAUACUGAUUCUUAG